GCCACUGCGCGACGUUACCAUGAGCUUCUCCAUCCCAUUGACAUAUACUCAACAUAUUUUUUUCUCUUUCACGCCCAGAGCCAGCUCUCCAGAACAGCCAGCGAACCUGACCCGCGCGGCCCGACCACAUAAUGCACGGGGGAAAGCGAGGGCUGGUGGCACCACAGAACACUUUUUUGGAAAAUAUUGUCAGACGCUCAAGUGAAACCAGCUUCCUCCUCGGGAACGCCCAGAUCGUGGAGUGGCCCGUGGUCUACAGUAAUGACGGGUUCUGCAAGCUGUCUGGGUACCACAGGGCUCAGGUGAUGCAGAAGAGCAGCACGUGCAGUUUUAUGUACGGAGAACUGACUGACAAGAAGACAAUAGAGAAGGUCCGACAGACCUUUGAUAACUAUGAGUCCAACUGCUUUGAAGUGCUUCUGUAUAAGAAGAACAGAACACCAGUAUGGCUCUAUAUGCAGAUUGCACCAAUCAGGAAUGAGAAUGACAAGGUUGUCCUGUUCCUGUGCACGUUCAAAGACAUCACCGUCUUCAAGCAGCCCAUUGAGGACGAAACCACUAGAGGAUGGACCAAGUUUGCGCGGCUGACGCGGGCGCUCACCAACAGCCGUAGCACCAUGCAGCAGCUGGCGCCCAUGAACAAGACCGAGGUCAGCCACAAGCACUCACGAUUGGCUGAGGCACUGCAGCUGGGCUCGGACAUCCUCCCCCAGUACAAGCAGGAGGCACCCAAGACCCCACCGCACAUUAUUCUGCACUACUGCACCUUCAAGACUACAUGGGACUGGAUCAUCCUCAUCCUCACCUUCUACACAGCCAUCAUGGUGCCCUACAAUGUAUCUUUCAAGAACAAGCAGAACAACAUCGCUUGGCUGGUAGUGGACAGCGUGGUGGAUGUCAUCUUCCUGGUGGACAUUGUGCUGAACUUUCACACCACCUUUGUGGGUCCUGGUGGUGAGGUUAUCUCGGACCCAAAGCUAAUACGAAUGAACUACCUGAAGACAUGGUUCGUCAUUGACUUGCUUUCCUGCCUUCCCUAUGACAUCAUCAAUGCCUUUGAAAACGUGGAUGAGGACCCCAUUUCAGACCCUUCGUCAGUCAGGCAUCUCCGAGAGACGGCCCACCCGCGGGGGAAUGCCACGCGGGCAGAGGACUCAGUGCUGCCGGGCCUCAGCAGCCUAUUCAGUUCCCUUAAGGUGGUCCGGCUUCUGCGUCUGGGCCGCGUGGCCCGUAAGCUGGAUCACUAUCUGGAGUAUGGUGCUGCGGUGCUGGUGCUGCUGGUGUGUGUGUUCGGCUUGGUAGCCCACUGGCUAGCCUGCAUCUGGUACAGCAUUGGUGACUAUGAGGUCAUUGAUGAGCUCACCAACACCAUCAAGACGGACAGCUGGCUGUACCAGCUAGCCAGCAACAUCGGGUCUCCGUACCGCUUCAACGCCAGUGGCUCAGGCCAGUGGGAGGGUGGCCCCAGCAAGGACACCCUCUACAUCUCCUCCCUCUACUUCACCAUGACCAGCCUCACUACUAUCGGCUUUGGAAACAUUGCUCCCACCACCGAUGGCGAGAAGAUCUUCUCCGUGGCCAUGAUGAUGGUGGGCUCUCUCCUGUAUGCCACCAUUUUUGGGAAUGUGACAACCAUCUUCCAGCAAAUGUACACCAACACUAAUCGGUACCACGAGAUGCUCAACAAUGUGCGUGACUUCCUCAAGCUCUACCAAGUGCCCAAGGGCCUGAGUGAAAGGGUGAUGGACUACAUCGUUUCCACCUGGGCCAUGACUAAGGGCAUUGACACCGAGAAGGUACUUUCCAUCUGUCCCAAGGACAUGCGGGCGGACAUCUGUGUCCACCUCAACCGGCAGGUCUUCAACGAGCACCCAGCAUUCCGGCUGGCCAGUGACGGUUGUCUCCGCUCCCUGGCCGUUGAGUUCCAGACCAUCCACUGCGCCCCCGGCGACCUCAUCUUCCACGCCGGCGAGAGCGUGGACACACUAUGCUUCGUGGUGUCCGGCUCUCUGGAGGUCAUCCAAGACGACGAGGUCAUCGCUAUUCUUGGCAAGGGGGAUGUUUUCGGUGAUGUGUUCUGGAAGGAGACCACCCUGGCCCAUGCUUGUGCCAACGUGCGAGCACUGACCUACUGUGACCUGCACAUCAUCCGCCGGGAGGCCCUGCUGAAGGUUCUGGACUUCUACACGGCCUUCGCCAACUCCUUCUCUCGUAACCUCAUCCUCACCUGCAACCUGCGCAAAAGGAUCGUCUUCCGGAAGAUCGCUGACGUGAAGAAGGAGGAGGAAGAGCGUCGGAGGCAGAAGAACGAGGUGACGCUGACCAUCCCGGUGGACCACCCAGUCAGGAAGCUCUUCCAGAGGUUCAAGCAGCAGAAGGAGAUGCGCACGCAGGCCUCUGCGCAGCCAGAUGUGGAAAAGAACCAGCUGCAGGUGGAGCACCACCUGCACACACACCAGCACCACCCCCUGCAAGCAGCACACCCACCCAUACAGAACGGUGCUCCCUCCAGCACCGCGGUGGUCACUGUCUCGCAGAUCACGCCCAUACACAACUCUCUGGCCUUUGUCGAGCAGACGGACGUUCCCAGCGAGGGCAGAGGUUGCGACGUGAUGGAGCUGAAGCCCGGAGUGGGCAGCCGGUCAGCCUGCCAGGGGGGGGCCUGGGCCGGGAGCCCCGUGCGGCUCAAGGCGCCGAGCAGCCGCGGCUGGAUGCGCUUCCGCAGUACCAUGGCUCCCGCAGAGGAGAAGAAGGAGGAGUGGGGCACGAUAUUCCAAGCGGAAUCUGAGGAGCUGCUCUCCGAAGACGGCAAGGGCCAGGAAACGGAGGGCGGGGAGACAACUGAGGGCGGGGAGGCUACUGAGGGCGGGGCUGAAGCCGAAGCCGACCCCAAGACCCUGCUGCACAAGACGGACUCUUGCGACAGCGGCAUCACCAAGAGCGACCUGCGGCUGGACAAGGUCGGCGAGGCCCGCAGUCCCCUGGAACCCGGCCUGCCGGCACCCAGCCCCGUGCCGAAGGAGGAGCGGCUGCAGCCGCUUCCGGAGCAGACCCUGCACGCCCUCCUGCAGGAGGCCAAGCUGGAGCUCCGGGGGGACAUCAAGAUGCUGGGCGGCCGCAUGGCCGCGAUGGAGGCCCAGGUGGCCGAGAUCCUGAGGCUGCUCUCUGAGAAGAAGCAGCCUGCGCGGGUCACCCCCCCCAGAACCAAAAGCAAACAGCAGGACAUUUUCACCGUCUCCCGGCCCGUCACUCCCGACUCGGAGAAGGACGACGGACUAUUCUGAAUUCAAGAAAACUCUAUUUGUUGGUUUGUUUAGUUAUUUAUUGGUUUAUAUUUAAAAACAAUUCUUCUCCCAUAGACGGAGUGCAAGAAAAAAAAAAGAUUUGCAAUGGCCCGACUUUUUCUCUUGUAAAUAUCUACCUGCAUGUCCAGACGGAUUCUGGUUCGCCAAAGAAGCCCACAGAUGGUAGUGUUUGCCUGGUCAUAUAUGCAGUUCACUGCAUGCGAAACUGAUUUACAAAUGAAUACUUUUACUGACACAUCCAGGGACUUAAAGCUGUUUCACUGAUGCCGAUAUUCAUGAAUCAAUUCAGGGUAAAAGUCACACUAGUUUUUUUUUGUUUGUUUGUUUGUUUCAUCUCUAACCACCUGCUUGGCCCAGUCACAUCACAGGAGGAAGGUGUUCAGAUACACACAUCAAACAGAAGGGAAUCCCAACAAAACUGCUUCUGAAGACUUCAAUGAACAUUCUGGAAUCGUUAUUGUAGCAUGGGCACGAUGGUGGGAGAGACGUCAUUUAUGUACAAUACUCCCGUGUGUGCAGGAGUAUUGUGGCCGACAGCCAGACGCUUCCAUGUAGCGGUUUUCAGUCAGAAUGAAUUAACCUAGAGGCAUUGCUCUAUUGAAUUUCUGGUGAAGCUCGUCUGAAGAUAAAAUGAGCAGGCUUUGCUACACUAGACAAUGUGGAGGUGCUCCAUUGUCUAAAAGGUCGUUGAACUGAGGAAAGUGGUGAAACUGACCAAAAUGUCGGCAUCUUUUCCAGUAUGAACCGUACACUUUAUUGCAUUUUUAUGUAUUUUGAUCAGUGUAUUUAAUAUAUACCUGCAGACUUAGGUGGUUUACGGUAAAAGAAUUUGGUCAAGAAGGACUGCAGUAAAAUUUCAGUCGACAGAAAAAGUGCAGUUUUUAGUCUAAUUGGAAGCUACAUCUAUGUUUAUUUUAUGAAUGAGAUCCCUGAAAAUAGCUGUGUGUCAGUGAAGUAAUCUCUCGUCUUGCUUCGAUCCUGUUCACACAGGCAAGGAAUUUGCACAUAGGGAAGGGGGGGGGGGGGAGUCUUAUCAUAACUAUUAAUAUCCAAGCAAAGCUGCAUGUCUUUGUACAGAAGGAUGUGGAUUGAGUAUGCAGAUACUUCUUGAAGACUCUCAGGUACUAUUCUUCAAAUCAAAAUUGAUGUCUAAACCAUGUAAUGCCUGCACUUUCAGAACUCUGAUAGUCCUUACGGUCAUUCAUGUCAUAGAUGGAAGCAGCACCUCUAUCACAGACCAGCACCAGAAGACAAGAGGUGGGGUGUAACAGAGACUUUAUGUCGGAUCAGGAGCCAAAGCUCCCCCUCGAGUCUCUGCACAAGGUCGGACGCUGGAGGCCACCAAAGCAAAUUAGCUUUUGAUUUUGGAGAAGGAGGCAGAUUGGAGACCGAUGACUUGCAGAUCUCAGCUCUGGACACAUGCGUGUGAAGAGGUGCAGCAGCCAGGGAGAUUCUCUCUGUAACCAUGGGCCAGAGUUCCCAGUCGCCAAAGCACAGCAUUUACCUUGAUGCUGGUUUUCACUUAGGUAUGAGUUGAUGACAAACACCCAAUUAAUACACUUAGAUAAUCUGGUCAUCUUUUUACUGGAGGGAAGUAGGGAUUAUAAUUAAUACACACAAAACUUUCAUUUUUAAAAGCACAUAAGUAAAGAAGCAAAUUUUAUGUUCAUAUUGUUUUCCAUAAAUGUUUUGGUUAGUCUGCUUCUCUCCAGUCCCUGCAGACCAGUGGUGCAGCCCCACACCAGCAGGACUGCCUCUGUCCUGAGUUUAUAAACUUGGCAGGCUCUUUGGUCUUAAUGGGAGAUAUUUCGGUUCAAGCCUUGAAGAAUACUGUACGUACAGCACCAGGCAAAAGUCUGGACACACCUGCUUUUAGAUGAAUGCAUUUGUCUCUAUUUUAGCUAUGUUACUCUCUUUUUAGUAAAAGGCUUCGAGGCAAUGGGUCUCAAAAUUUUCUCAAAUAUUAGACUCUUCAAAAUAAUCCCCUUUUUUCUAUAGCAGCGUUGCAGACUCUUGGCAUUCUUUCAUCCAGCUUCCAGAUGUAGCCACAUGGAAUGCUCCUCCAACAGUCUUGAAGAAGAUCUGGGCACAGUCUUAUUCUUACUCUUCAAUCCAAUUCAUCCCAAACCAGCUCUGUAGAGUUUAGGUGGGGAGAUUGUGGGGGCCAGGUUAUCUGUCACAGUACUCCAUCUUUCUCCUUGGUCAGGUGUGCUUAGGGUCAUUGUUUUGUUGACAAACAACUAUUUAUAAGUAGGUGUGUCCAGACUUUUGACUGGUGCUGCAGUUAGUUUGGACUGCAGUGGUGAGGGAAGCAGACCAAUGGCUGACACCACUGGCUGCAGACUUCAUUCUCUGGAUCAUGUUCUCUUUUGUAAUGUCACACACUAUGCAGCCUGAGGGGGGGGCUCCCCCAUUGUGGAGGGGGUAUGGUCACCUUCCCAGGCCCAUGAGAGAUUAGUGCAUGUUUUUGCAUGCCAAAAUGUGUUAACAAAGGUUCCAAUGAAAACAUAAUAUACCUUGUACAUAGAAUGGCUUAGAGAUUUAAAUACCAUACACCUGCCUGAACUUUUACAUGAUAACUGGACAGAACAUGGACUUAUCAAGUUUAAAAGUAAGUUCUGUACUCCUUCCUUGACUGACUGGUUUGGUUCUUUUCAACCAAUGGGGGAGAGAGAUCCAUCCCCAGGCUAACACAAGCAGGCCCUCUCUACCUCCCGACUGGAGGGGGGCAGGUACAGGGGACUCCCUUGAGGUGACCACCCAGAACCUUCCGUCUCAGGGCUGCACUUCCAGUAGUUUCAGCAUCCUGAACUGGCCCCAGUCGUUUGAAUGUACGCUCUCUUCCAGAAUAUGGGCCAAUUAGUUCCUGUGUCACUUGUGGGGAACUCCAGUGCAAGGCCUUCAGGGUGUGCUGCUUUGCUGUUCGAGCUCCUAAUUAGAUCAUCUAGGUAUUCAUUGGGAUAAAACCUCACCUGGCCUAAUAUUUCAAGGGACAUUCAGUGUGGAGUUCAGCUGUCUGCACAUCCUACUCCCCUCAAGGGUUACUCCCCAACUCAGCACUGUCUGAAGACCAGAUGUGUCUUUGAUUAUGCUCAGCAUGCAGAUGUACAGCCUACAUGUGUCUCUCCUGUGGCGAAUGUUGAUGCUUCACUAGAGGUUGGCAAUCCAUUCUCCUGAUGUCAGCAAAAGGGACUUUGCCUCAGCCUGUAGCCUAUAAGUCUUUGUGACCCUUGCUUGGUUUUUUACUGGAAUGUUGCUGUUUUAUACAUUUUCAAGUACCUUUGACACUCUAAGAGUUGUAUUGUUUUUGCAAUGAUGCAAUACUUGAGUAUCACCUCAAUAAAGUAACGUCUGAUAUGAAA